CGUCAGAAACGAUGGCGGCUGCCGGGUCGGACCUGGUGAGAACUCUGCUGUUCACCGUCAACAACCUGCUGCAGCAGGAGAAACACAAAGCGGCUCUGGCUGUUCUGAAGGGAUUCCGGAACGGAGUCGUGUAUGGAGCAAAGAUCCGAGCCCCUCACGCCCUGGUGAUGACAUUCCUCUUCAGAAGUGGCAGUUUGAAGGACAAGCUCAGAGCCAUCUUGAAGGCCACCUACACCCACUCGCGUAACCUGGCGUGCUUCGUGUUCACAUACAAAGGACUUCAGACCCUGCAGCAGAGGAUCCAGGGGAAGAGUUUACAGUCCCACUCCUUUCUGGCAGCGUGUGCCGGCGGCUGGUUGGUGUUUGGCAGCAACAACAGCAUCAACAGCCAGAUCAACAUGUACCUGCUGUCCAGGAUCCUGUUCGCCCUGUCUCGUCUGGCCGUGGAGAAAGGAAUCGUGCCGCAGCCCAAACGCGACCCCUUCCCGCUCUUCGCCACGCUGGUGUGGGGCGUCGUCCUGUGGCUGUUUGAGUACCACCCCCACACCCUGCAGCCCUCACUGCAGUCCUCCAUGAACUACCUCUACCACGACAGCAACGUGUGGCACGACAUCACCGACUUCCUUGUUUAUAAUAAACCCAGGACAGCGGCUUAAAAGUGAAACUAGCUUUUUAUUUUGAAUAUGAUUAAAGCUCGCCGCAGAACAGUAUAAACCACUGUGGUAUGAAUAAAUACAGCAAAUGAGGAGCUGAGGAAAUUCCUUCAUAAUUUGGAAGGAAACACAAGUUAUAAAUUCAUAAUAUUAAGUGUGCAAUAAAUUAUGUAUUGAGGUGAGUAAAACCAGAAAUGGAAAAGUAGAAUAUUAAUAUGAAAACAAUCCAGAUAUUUAACAUAGAUUAAAAGUAUAUACCUGUAAAUGAAUCAGUAAAAUUUGAUCAAAAGCCCAAUUGAAAAGUUUGAAGAUAAGUCUAAUCAGUAGAUAGUACCACGACUUUUAAGAGCUUUUUAAUAAGUAAGCGAUCUUUUAAUCAUCUCUGAAAUAAACUGGGCCAGUAGCAGUAUAACUGAUAUACUUUGUUUUUCUCAUUCUGCUCUUGUAGUUGUAGUUGAGAUAUAUUUUUCUUGGUUAAGACCAGAAAGCAUCACAGUCCUGCAGAUGAUGAAUAACAUUCUCAUGUGUCAUUACUAGUACUUACUAAUAUUCCAGUGAUGUUGAAUGUUGCCUUCUUUCAAUUAUUAGUUGAUUCGUGUUUUGUAUGAUUGUGAGUUUUAUGAUUCGCCAACCUAUUUAUGUUCUUGUGUCAUUGUUCAUGAUUUGUUUUUAGCCGAAUGUGGAGCUGAAGCACGUCCGCACAUUAAAGUGUCUUUGAUAUUAGGCCGAACCAGCUUUACGUGUCCAUGUCUUUGUCCGAAGCGUUUUCCCUGCGGCUGAUUGGUUAUUUGUGUCAGUUUGUUGUUGACAAACAGCCCAGAUCCAUAAAAUCAACUGCUGCAGAGUCAAAGGUAAAAGAUGUUUUAAUGCAAUUUGUUGUGACAACUGAAAUUACGCAAUACACAAUAAAUAAAAACUGAAAACAGAAGCUUU